AUGAAUGCCGACCGUUCCUGUACCACCCCCGACGAGGUUGCUCAAAAGUCCAGAGGCAAUCCCCUCGUCGACCGAGGUACGAUCACCAGCGGAGACGGCCCGGCCGCAGCACGAGAGCUGCGCCUAAUCCCCACAUUUACUUGCAGCUUCUUUGAUUGUCAUCCCAGGAUCGAGCAGCGGAAAUUGCCCAUCGCUUCGUGGAAUGACUUCGAGGGAGGGAAGGCCAGCCACGGAGGUGAUGAGGGUGAAGGCCGCGAUGCUCAAGGAUGA